AUGCGUGUCACCACCGGGACCCUCUUGCUGCUCACCGUCACUUGCCUCCUCUGGUACGCAAGAGCUUGCGAGCCCAGUCAAACCCAGAAUGGCUGCAAGAUAUAUGGGACAGGAUGCACUUGCGGGUUCGGCUGUAAAACCGAGUUCAUAUACAGAACGAGGAGAGCAUGUCUGAGUGCAUUAAGAGAGAGAAGUUCGAAUAUCUGUUAUCGCCAACCGUGCGUUCGAGGAAUUUGCAUCCAGACAGUUCAGGAGCCGGGCUAUGCUUGCAAGUGUGAGGGUACAGGGUACUAUGGGCAACGUUGCGAAAAAGCCUGCCCAACAGUUCCUGUACGAGGUCUAGUGUUUCCUCACGAAUGUGUUGUUAUUUGA